AUGAGCAUGUUGAGGAGGGCCGCCGCUGGUAUCGAAGACGUGAAAUGCCUAGUUGUGGCCUAUUUUUCUGCUAGAGUAUCGCAUCGGAAUCAUGAUUUUGUGGCUGCCAUCGUUAAGGCCACAAGUCAUGACGAACGCACCGUCGUUAGAAGGAACGCGGAAAUAGUUCUCGAGUGGAUUCGAGAUUCUCCGAAUAACCUAUACCAUUUUGUCCGGGCUUUGAGUAAAAGGAUGGAGAAGACGAGGAGUUGGGUGGUGGCGAUCAAAGGGUUGAUGCUAGUGCACAAACUUGUUCGUUGUAGGGUCCCGGGUGUUAAAAAGAUGGGUCGUUUACCGUUUGAUUUGUCGAGGUUCAGCGACGGGCAUUCGAGGUUAAGCAAAACAUGCUGUUUUAAUCUUUUUGUUCGUCGGUACUAUGCAUUUCUCGAUGAAAGAGGUGCCAUUUGGGUCGAGGAUGAAAACGGAAAUGCCGAGGAUAGUCCAUUGAUGGUUCAGCAGCUGUUGAAGCUUCGGAAACGGCAACUUUUGCUCGAUAUGUUGCUUAAGAUUAGGCCACGAGCGGAUAACAUGAAGGUCCCUUUAAUUUUCGAAGCCAUGGAUUGUGUUGUCGUCGAGGUCUUCGAUGUUUAUAGUAGCAUACGCAGUGAGAUUGCAAAGGUACUAUUGGAAGUACAUUCACUAGGUAAACCAGAAGCAGCCACGGCCCUUGAGAUUCUUCGGAAGGCAAAGAGACAAGUUGAAAAACUUUCUCGAUUUCUCGAAUUCUGUAAGGAAUACGGUGUUUCGAAAGCCAACGAAGCCGUCACAGUUUUCGAGAUUCCGGCGGAAUAUGUCAAAGAACUCGAAAGAAGAAUCGAUGAGGUUUCAGAGGCCAUUGCCGAACAUGGAGAAACAACAGAAACUUUCACACAGAUUGGAGGUUCUCCAUGA